AUGAGAGAUCAAGAGGAUAUAGAGCUUCAGCAGCUCCAUGACUCUGACACAACGAGCAGUUCAGAGACAAAAUGGUCGCUAUCAAAGACGCAGCUACUUCUAAUACUAUUGAGACUUGGUGUAAUCAGCGACGAAGUUUACCAAAGUGGUAACUACCCGCUACAUGCCUUACCAAAAGGAGUUGAGUACAUUAUUGGCAUUAUUGAUUGUAUGGAUGUCUCUGAAGCGAUAGAAAUUCUACGGAAUGCGUUGGUUGAACAUAAGAACGAUGUCAAUUUUUUGCAAGAAGAUUACCAUUUGUUGGAAAGACUUGUCCAUUCGAUUCCUCGUGAUGAAACAGUUGACAAGUCAAAAGUCAAUGAUGACAAUCUUACACAGAAUUUCAAUAAAAAUAAGACCUACUUGCAUAUAAUCGAUUGGUUGUUGCAAACUCGACUAGAGGCUGCGUUGAUUCACUACCAUUCGCCUUAUCCGGAAAUUAGAGCCAUUUCGGACCCAAUAGACGACACGGAGAUUCUUGUUGAGACAUUUCGAUGUUACUUUAUUGGAUUUUUCUGGACCUUCAUUGGUUCCAUAAUCAAUAGUUUCUUUGUUCACAGAAUGCCCAAUAUAUCGUUGAGUUCCCAUACAAUACAAAUAUUGCUUCUUCCCUGUGGCAAACUAUGGGAAAAAGUCGUUCCCAACAAGCGAAUAUCACUUGGUGGUGUUUCAUUUGAUCUUAACCCCGGCCCUUGGACUUACAAAGAAAUGAUGUUGAGUUCUAUUAUAUAUCUGUGUUCUGCUGGAGUGCCAUAUCUGAUAUAUAACAUAUUUGUUAUGAAGUUAGACAGAUUUUACGGCUUGAAGUGGGUGACUAUUACUUUUCAGAUACUCUUGACGGUCUCAACUCAAUUUCUUGGCUUUGGGUUUGCCAUGAUCAUGAAGAAGGUUUGCGUCUAUCCAAGCAAAGCUCUUUGGCCCACCAUAUUACCUACUAUUGCUCUCAACCGUGCGUUGAUGAAUGAGGAUGCCAAUAACAGUGUAUAUGGAUGGCGAAUCUCAAGAUUUGGGUUUUUUAUGGUUGUCAGUUCUAUCAGUUUUAUAUACAAUUGGAUACCAAAUUAUUUCUUUAAGGCGUUGUCAAAUUUCAACUGGCCUACAUGGUUCAAUCCUUCACUGGUACAUUUGGUAAACAUUACAGGCACGUCGGCCGGUUUGGGACUAAAUGUGUGGCCAACUUUUGAUUGGAACAUUUUGGAUGCAGGUGGUUGCUUGACUAUUCCGUUUUACACAUAUGUCAACAGGUACAUAGGGAGUGUGGUUGGUUUUUUUGUGAUUAUAAUUGUCUACUAUACAAAUAAUUACUUCACUGCUUAUUUUCCCAUCAAUUCCAAUAAAUUAUUCAGCAACAAAGGAAAGGUCUAUGAUGUCCACCUGAUAUUGAAUGAGAAGAAUCAAUUUAGCGAUUCAAAGUAUCAAGAAAUUGGCCCUCCAUAUUUUUCUGCAGCUAAUCUUGUUCUAUAUGGUGCCAAUUUUUGUCUUUACCCGUUUGCGAUAUUGUAUCAGUUUGUCACUGAAUGGGAUUCAAUGAAAUCAAGCUUUGUUAGCGUGUGGAUUUCUUUAAGUGAUGCUUUCAAAUCUAAACAUAGUAACGGUCCCUACGGUAGAUACGCUGAUGAUCCCCAUUGCAAAAUGAUGUCAAGAUAUGAUGACGUCCCAGAUUGGUGGUUUAUUGCCAUUAUUGUUGUAAGCACACUGUUUGCAGUUGCGGCGGUUGUGUUUUAUCCAACUGAAACACCUGUGUGGGGUAUUUUUUUCACUAUAUUGAUAAAUUUUGUUUUUUUGAUUCCUUUGACCUCAAUUGCCUCAACCACCGGGUUUUCGUUCGGUCUCAAUGUAUUAGUGGAGUUGAUUGUCGGUUACUCAAUUCCCAAUUCGGGGAUAGCUUUAAUCACCCUCAAAGCAUUUGGGUACAAUAUUGACAGCCAAGCUAGCAACUACAUUACAGAUCAAAAGCUUGCACAUUAUGCAAAGAUUCCACCAAAGGCAAUAUUCAAAGGUCAAUUGAUUUCAACCUUGAUCAAUAUUAUCGUAUCACUAACUGUAGCCAACUGGCAGCUAGGAAAUAUAUCAGACAUUUGUGAUGUGCAUCAAAAAGACAAAUUGAGUUGUCCUGGAGCUAAUACAUAUUUCUACUCAAGUAUACAAUACGGUGAAAUAGGUCCACAAAAGGUAUUUUCUGGACUAUACCCGGUCCUAAAGUGGUGCUUCUUGUUGGGAGUGCUCCUAGUAUUUCCGUGUGUUUGGUUCAAGAACAACGGUCCCACAAAACUCGCAAGGUAUUUCCAACCCAGUGUGUUGAUUGGCGGUUUCCUUGAUUUCGCGCCAUAUAACCUACUGUACUUUACAGGUGGGUUGUAUUUGUCAUAUAUUUUCAUGUAUUGGAUUAAGAAAAACUAUUUAUUAUGGUGGGAAAAGUACAAUUACAUUUUAACGAGUGCGUUAUCGGCUGGUGUUGCUUUUAGCUCUUUACUUAUAUUUUUCACGGUGCAAUAUAGUUCACAUGAGAUAGUAUGGUGGGGUAACACGGUAAGUGAGCAAGGGAUUGAAGGUGGAGAGUUACCUGCAAUUUGGAAAGAUGCAUCAACGGCACCUGGAGGUUAUGUCGGGUUGAGAAAAGGUCAUUUCCCAUAG